ACGGAAUUUUCUUUUCUGUGGUCGACUCCACCGUUCUUUGUUCUUCUUCCGCCUCCUCUCCGACGCAGGAAGCACCGACUGCUCAGCACAACGCAGUGACAGCUUCAAUCCUUCAACUUUGCUAUUGCUAUAGUAUUUUGGCUUAGCAAUAGAGAUGGAGACCACGAGCAAAGAACUUCUGAAACUAGAGAAAAAGGGUUCCUCUACCUCAUCUAUGGAGUCCACACUGGCUAUCUGUAAAAAGAAGGAUUCACACUCUCAAAGAAGGCGACAGCAUCUCAGCGGCAAGCCAUUAACAAGUUCAGCUCCUACAAGCCAAGUUCUUGGAAAAGUGAAGGAUUUUCUGGGGGUUAUAUCCGAAGCUAAUAACAAAUUGCAAGUCAAUGCAAAGGACAAUCCUCAAAGCUAUGACAUUGAAGUUCUCGACGGGAAUGAAUCAGAAAUUAUAGAAAUGGACUUAAUGUUGGGGAUCGCUGAUCUCCACACCCCUGAAGCAGUAGCAGCUGCAGAAUCCGCAGCUGCGAGUUGUUAUCCUCUGAAUCCAUUAGUUUCUAGCACUGGCGAAACAGAUUCAGAAGAUACUACAGACGACGACGACGAUGACCAAAAUGACAAUGAGAACAGUGAUGAUGAUCAAGCGGGAGUUCCAACGAAGCACGCGAGGUCCGAGUCUGGUGAAGAGGAUUCGUAUGGAGGGAUUGGAAACAAACCGUCGAAAAAGAAACCGAAAAAGCGUACCAAGAUUACUGAGUUAUGAUGAUUUGUACUUUGUUGUGUGACUUUCUUUAUGAUAACGAGAGAAAUGCAAGUUCUUGGGAGGAAGCAGUCGUCUAGUGACAACAAGCUUAUGAUAUGUAUGUUUCAAACAGCGAGUAAUUUCAGUUGGUGCGGUUUUGUAGAAUCAUAUGAAUCAUACGAGUUUUAUUCAGGACUUAA